CCUUCCGUGCUGCCCUGUCUCUGUCAUCAGGUGGACUCAAGAGACCCAUGAAGCAACAUCAUCCUUGUGUCCUAACACUGCAGCAAGAUGCUGCACUUCAGCCAGUGAUGAUCUGGCAUCUUCGUGUCUCCUGCUUCGUUUCAGGCAGCUGGGAUGAGAAAAGAUAAAGCCACUAACCCAUCUAACAGGCAAGAAGACUGGGAAUACAUCAUUGGAUUCUGUGACCAGAUCAACAAAGAACUUGAAGGGCCACAGAUAGCUGUGAGACUCCUGGCUCAUAAAAUCCAGUCACCACAGGAAUGGGAGGCAGUGCAAGCCUUGACAGUGCUGGAAGCUUGUAUGAAGAACUGUGGGAGAAGAUUUCAUAAUGAAGUAGGGAAGUUCCGCUUUUUAAACGAGUUAAUAAAAGUUGUGUCUCCUAAGUACCUGGGAGACCGAGUCUCAGAGAAGGUGAAGACCAAAGUCAUUGAGUUGCUGUAUAGCUGGACAGUGGCCUUGCCAGAAGAAUCCAAAAUCAAGGAUGCCUACUACAUGCUGAAGAGACAAGGGAUCGUUAUGUCUGAUCCUGUGAUUCCUGCAGACAGAACCUUGAUUCCUUCACCUCCACCUCGUCCCAAAAACACUGUGUUUGAUGAUGAGGAAAAAUCCAAGCUUCUAGCCAAGCUGCUGAAGAGCAAGAACCCAGAUGAUUUACAAGAGGCCAACAAGCUUAUAAAAUCCAUGGUAAAAGAGGACGAGGCUCGGAUUCAGAAGGUGACAAGACGCCUGCACACGCUGGAGGAAGUCAAUAACAAUGUGAAGCUGCUGAAUGAGAUGUUGGCUCAUUACAGCAAAGAGGAGUCAUCAGAGGCUGACAGGGAGCUCAUGAAGGAGCUCUGUGAAAGGUGUGAAACCAAAAGAAGGACAUUAUUCAAGCUGGCCAGUGAGACAGAAGAUAAUGACAGCAGUCUGGGGGAUAUCCUGCAGGCCAGCGACAAUUUAUCCCGUGUGAUAAAUUCCUAUAAAAAAAUAAUAGAGGGGCAAGUGAUCAGUGGUGAAGUGGAUCUCCCUGUGAUGUCUGCAGUGGAAGGGAGUAAUUCCACAAGUAAUCUCAACACCCUCAUUGACCUUGCUGGACUGGAUGUCACCAACACCCCACCACCUCCAGUGCCACCCCCUGUCCUGACACCAGCCCCCACAGCAGCCCCAGCAGAGAUCCCCAUUCUCCCACCUCCUCCCCAGACGUUCCCGCAGUCUCGGAGCGGUUCCUCCAGCCAGGGGGAAGCUGCCCCUUCCCAGCAGAGCAGCACAGCCAACUCCCUCUCCUUGCUGGAUGAAGAGCUUCUGUGCUUAGGCCUGAAUGACCCACCCCCUGCAGCAGUGAAGGAGACCUCAGAAAACAAGCAGUGGAGCAUGUUUGAGAAUGACCAGUUGGGCCUGGAUUUCUUUAACCCGAAGAUGGUGACUGUUGCUUGCAACCCUGCAGGGAACCCUCUUCUCCAUCACACAUCACAGACCACAUGUGGAACGUCAGCAGCGCUGCCCUCUGCUUUCACAGCCUCUCAGACUGCUCCCAGCAUCCCAGCACCAAGCUCAGCACCAUUUGUCUUCUCUGCUGGACCAGCUGCCCCUGUGGGGCCUCCUAAGACUAUUCCAGCUGCUCCUGGGUACUUCAGCUCAUCCGUGGGGAGCAAUAUGUCACAUAAGAUGGAUGCAUUGGGACAACUCCUUGAAGAAGCCAAAGGGACUGCCACCCAAGGCAUGGUGACACCCUCAGUGUUCCCUGGGGUUACUUUGCCAACCACUGUCACCUCUACCCCAUUAAUAGGAUCUGCAGGGCUGCCAGUCACUGCCCCUGGAGCCCCUCCAGUUCCUUUCCCAAGUAGCUGCACUGCAGGCUCAGGAAGUCCUCUCUUCCAGCCAGCAUCAUUCCAGCAGCAAGGCAGUCCCAUGAGAGCACCUGAAAUUUCUUUGGCCAAUGUCCACGUUCCCUUGGAAUCCAUUAAACCCAGCAGUGCCCUCCCAGUGACAGCCUAUGACAAGAACGGCUUCCGGAUCCUCCUGCACUUUGCCCGGGAAUGCCCGCCGGGAAGGUCGGACGUGCUGGUGGUGGUGGUGUCCAUGCUGAACACAGCACCCCUUCCCGUGAGGAACAUCAUGCUGCAGGCUGCUGUGCCAAAGUCCAUGAAAGUGAAGUUACAGCCACCCUCUGGCACUGAGCUGUCUCCAUUCAAUCCCAUCCAGCCACCUGCUGCCAUCACCCAAGUCAUGCUCCUGGCAAACCCUGCAAAGGAGAAGGUGAGGCUGAGGUACAGACUGACCUUCACACUGGGAGACCAGCCCAGCACAGAGGUCGGUGAAGUGGAUCAGUUUCCCCCAGUAGAGCAGUGGGGGCAUCUAUGACCUUAGGACACUGCCAGAGACUCUGUGACAGGACCAGGGAAGGAUCCCACAGGACUGGAUUGAAUGUGACCUGGGGAGGGACACACAUGCUAUCCACUGGUGAUGUUCAGCUUUGUUUACAUGUUCUGACCACUCUGCUUGUAGCUUUAGUCCAGAAUGUUUUGCCCCACAUCAAAGGGGCCCUGGGACAUCUGUGCCAAGCAUGAACUGAGUGGCAGCUGGUUACAAGCAGUGCUGGUGGCUUUUAUCUGGGUGAAUCUGGUUCUGUCUCCCUCUCUAUUAAACUUGAAGUUACUGUAUAUUGAGGGUAGACCUAUCAGCAGAAGGGGAUUUAGGUGCUUUGUUCCUGUGCUGCUGUCUGGAGAUACCUACAGGCUGGUGGGUGGUGGUACCACCAUGAGCUUCCUCAGACACGUGCCCUCCCUGGGCCCUGCUCCUCAGUGCCAGGCUGGACCCACUAAGCAUGGUGAGCAGUAACACUGGCUCCCUGGGGGAAUGCUCAUUUUUUACACUGAGAUGGCACUUGGCUCCCUUCCUUCCCCCCACUGCUUCAUUCCCAAGAGCCACUGGAAGCAGCUCCUCGCUCUGUGCUGUGUGACACUGGAUUUCAGCUGUAUUUAUUUUAUACUACUCACUGCCUCCCUCUUGUAUCUGUUUUGGGCAGCUGGAGCUGAGUUUUGUACAGAAAUGGUCACAUUGGGGUUUUUUUCUGCCUUCAUUGCGUUCCAUAGUGUGGGGAAAAGAGGAAAUGUGAAGAGGCAAGUGGGGCUGGAAAGGAGCAGUCAGUGUUGGUGGACGACGGGACCUGGAGAGCAGAAAUGUCUUCACAAUCAUCCAUCAAGUGCAUUGACUAAAUCCAGGAAUAAGGAGAGGUGGCUCUGCUGUCCCCUCAUGCAGGCAGUAUUGUUAUUGUAGUUGAAUACAGUGUUUUCUGGAGUACAAUGAAAUACAAGAUGUAAAUAAUAGAGCUAUAGGGUGUCUAAACAGAAACAAGGAGGGCAAGGCAGCUCCACUGGCCUGUGCUGAUGCAUGUGCUGGGUGUAAUGCCCUGGUUUAUUUGCUCCCUGUAGGAAGUGGACAAGUGCAAUUGUCUCAAGGGGGAAAGCUGUUGUGCUGGACAUCAGUGUUUUGUGCUAAGAGGGGGCAUGACCCCUCUAGCUACAGUCUCACAGAAACUGGGUUUGAAUCACCAGAACAUGAUUCCAGCAAUCCCUUCCUUCUCCCUUUUGCUUUCCAACCUCAAGUGGUGCCUCAGCUGGCUUUGAGACAGACUCUUUUGAAUUAACAAGGUUUUUUUUUCAACAUCCACUGACAAAAGCACAGCUAGGGCAGGUCCUUGGACACCCAGCUCAGUGUUUCUAGCUGUGUUGUCAAGCAACAGCUCAUCUUGAACUGUGAGCAGUCAGCUCAAGUGCUGAGAUAAUCAGGAGACGCCUGCUUGUUGUAGGAAGAAAACUCCAGAGAAGGUGCUGCUGGAAUUGGUGACAGCUAUAAAACCCAUCACUGCAAAUGCAGCUUUGAGUUACUUGUAGCUGAAGUUUCUUUACUGUGUUGCUAAGUAAAACUCACCAGAGGUGAAGCACUUGGUGGGUUCCAAGGCCUGAGGUCCCAGUCAGAGGAACCAGGCAAUUGUAGAAGCCCCUGAAGGUGGAAUCAAAACUUGGCCAAGGAGCUUGCUGUAAACUGCUGGUUGGAAGCUGAUGGAGACCCCAACCUUGUCAGCUCCCUGACAUAAGAGGCAAGUGAGAGGGAUGGGCACAUUGUUGGGGUCCUUAAAGAAAACAAGUGUUAAAUGGCUGGACUGGGCUAGGGGACAAGGAGAGAAUUCUUUCUGCCUCAGACAUGUUCUUGCCAGCACCUUAGACACGUGGGCAUGGGGACAGUGCUUUGGCCAUGGUGGCAUGUCCUGAGGAAGCAGGUGUCACUGCUCUAGAUGCCUACACGUGAAUUCACUGUGACUUGGAGGAGGUCAGCAGAGCACAAGUGCUUUCUGCAGCAUGGCUGUGUGCUCAGUGUCCCCCAGUGCCCUGCCCAGCAGGAUGCUGCCCUGGGCUGCCUGCCUGGAAGGGCCUUGUGAAAACCUUGGGAAAUUAAAACCAUGAAUGUUCCUUGUCUGUAGGGUGAGGUUCCUGCUUCAGACCCAAAAGCCAUAACUGUUCAUCUCAAACACAUUUGUUCUGCUGCAUGUUCAAUAAAUGGUUUUCCCUACUCUGCUCUGUGGAGAGCCCUUACUGACUGUUCCUGGAGCACACAACUGGUUCUGGAGAGCCUAAAACUCAGCACCUCAUCUCAAGACCAUCCAAACUAGGCAAAAACAGAGAAGUUGCUGUUUUCUAACCCCCCGUGGGUUAAAAGGUGGGUGUCAUUUCACUGCUGGGUGUUAAAGGGAAAGCAACUGAAAAAGCCAUGGCAAUGCUGCCCUUGGGAAUGAGGUUUUCUCCACCAGGGGAGGGUUGCCAGGUCAUGUUGGAACAAGCAACCUUGAAUUUCUGCUGCAGCUCCUCCUUCCAAGUUACCUUUACAUCUUUUUAAAGUUAUGUUUAUGGAAGACAAGAACAAAUCCCCACACAAUAUGCAAAACAAGGCAUUUAUUCUUAGAAAAGCAGUCAGGUUUAUGUACAGUGAGCCACAGAGGAUGAGUACAUCAUAUGUUGCUGUCUUCAGGAUCCUUCCAACGUGCCUUCUUUGACAAUGACUCGUGCAAGAUUUCGUGCAAGAGCAAGUCUCAGCAUCUCCACUUUCAUAGUCUCUUCAUCAUCAUCCUAAAAGCAGAGUUUGGGUCAGACUGCUAGAGAAGCCAUCAGCUGGUAGGUUCUUUGAGUUUUGGACAGUCAGGAUGCAGGUCACUAAGAGUACAGGUAUAUUUACCCAUCACAGGUACCUGAGAAGAGUAAAAGCUACAUUUCCUACUUUUUAGCUCAACACAGAAGCAUUUCCAAGCCUUCUUAUGGCAGCUGCAGAGGUUUGCAUGCAGAGCAAAUGGCUCCAUUCUGUGCCUGGAAUGUUUCGUAGCUUGAGCUGUCAAGGUGGCAGCACCUCAGCUGUUCACUGCCUGUGUAUUUACCUUGGAAAAGCAGCACAGAGAAGAGUGGCACUGCUCCUGUAGGGGCUUUGUCCACACUUAAGUAUCUCUUGAUGAGGCCUCAUGUGGCUGGCCUUGAAAAAGGACACCACGCACCAGCCUCAUAACACAGGCUCUCCCUCUUUUCUGCCCCCGUGUAGGAAUGUAAAUUUAGAGUUUGCUGUGCCUGACCCCUACCCCCCCCCCCCGAGCCCCACCAAUUCAUUAUCCAGUUGUCCUCAAAACAGGAGCUACCUGGAAUUUCUGCUUGUCUGACUUCCCUGCCGUCAGGUCUUCCAGGCAUCGCAUCAACUCGUAAGUUUGCUCUGCUGAAAAUAUGACCUGUGGAAAUGAGAGGAUUUACUGGAAACCAUCAAGUUUAAGGACACUGCACAGUCUGGGAAGAUAACUGAGAGGAAAGGAACACACUCCCACAGGUCCGUUCUACCCCAUUAAAUCAGAAGAUCAGAGGGUAAUUCAGGCUGGAAGUGCCGCUGGGAGGUCUCUAGUGCCACCUCCUGCACAAAGCAGAGUCAGCUCUGAGGUCAGAGCUGGGGCUCACGGGCCUGAAACUGAUAAACUCAUUUUCCUGAUGGAUCAUAAAGCAAAAGCUGGGCUUAGGAGAAAGAAGCACCCAAGAAAAAUCUUCCAAGCCAGAGGGAACUGGAUGAAGUAUGGACUUCAAGUGUCAGCAUGUCUGUCUUAAAGAAUCAUUAAGGUUGGAAACGACCCUCAAGAUCAUUGAGUCCAAAUGUAAUCCAACUACCCUAACCACUAAACUUCUCCUGCUGUUUUCUAAAAGCAGGGAACGAAAUUAUGAGUUGAUCAUCCUGUCCUGGCUCCUGUGUGUUCCCACUGGUAGGACACUUGGAUGUCUGUGCAGUUCUGGAACUGCCACAAGCUGUUCCUUUGCACUGGAAGUGCAAGUCCUUGCCUAGGGGCAGAAAGGGGGGUCUCCACUCUGAAACACCAUGUUAGGAAGAGAAGAAAAAGUCUGGGGAGCUUUGUCAGGUGUGACCAGCUUGUCCUGCUCACCUCUUUCUGCUCCAGCAGGGGAAGGGCAUCCAUCAGCAGUGUCAUCCAGAAGGAGCAGGGAGCAAUGUGAGCUGUCAUCAGCAUCAGGAGCAGCCUGGCAGCCUCAGGGAACCUCUUCUCCCCGUACAGCUGGUGGAAUUCCCGGUACUUGCC